AUGGCCGAAUCAUUUAUUGAAAGAGAAUUUACACCAAAGCGUUUGUUUUUUUGGAUUUUUUGGUUUGGUAGUCAUAUAUUCUUGUUCGUUUAUGGCUUCAUAAAGCAAAAGGACGACCCAGAGCUUGCUCACCUUACAAAGAUCGGAUUGUCGGUGACAGUUUCUCGUGGUGCUGGUCUAUGUUUAGCUUAUGACGGCGCCUUAAUUCUUUUACCAGUUUGUAGAAACAUAAUUAAAUAUUUACGUCUCACCUUUUUAAAUAAGCUUAUCCCUUUCGAUGAAAAUCUUUGGUUCCAUCGUCAAUGCGCAUAUUCCAUGUUACUUUGGACUUUGGUUCAUACUUUUGCCCAUUAUAUAAACUUCAUAAGGGUUGAAGAAUUAGGAAUUGGAAAAGCUUGGGCUGUUCAUUAUAUGCAUCCUGGCGGUAUAACCGGUCAUUUCAUGUUACUUAUAAUGGUCUUAAUGUAUACCUCCGCUCAUCGUUCCUUGAGGCAACAGUCUUUUGAAACUUUUUGGUACACUCAUCAUUUGGCUUUCUUCUUUAUGUUAUGUCUUUAUACACAUGCGGUUGGUUGCUUCGUAUCGACAAAACCUACGCCAACCGAACCAAAACGUUGUAAAGGUUAUUUCUCUUGGCAUUGGACGAUUUGGGGUGGAAUCAUUUAUUUCUUUGAACGUGUCCUAAGAGAAGUUAGAUCUCGUCAAACCACUAAAAUCACUAAAGUUAUUUAUCACCCUUCAAAGGCAAUUGAAAUUCAAUUUCAAAAACCAUCCUUCAAGUACAAGGCUGGUCAAUAUUUAUUCUUAAACGUUCCUGAAAUUUCUUCAUUCCAAUGGCAUCCUUUCACUAUCACCUCUGCCCCUGAUGAUCCUUAUGUCUCCGUACAUGUUCGUCAAGUUGGUGAUUUUACAAAUACAUUAGGUGAAUUACUUGGUUGUAAUAAUGAAAAAGGCGCCAUACCAAAAGACCUACCUUUACUUCGUAUUGAUGGUGCUUUUGGUACCCCCGCCGAAGACGUUUUCAAAAACGAAAUUGCAGUUUUGAUCGGUUGUGGUAUUGGUGUGACUCCUUUUGCUUCAAUCUUGAAGAACAUCUGGUAUCAACAACAAAACAAAGGUCAUUCAAAGUUACGACGUGUAGAAUUCUUUUGGAUUUGUCGUGACACCGGAUCAUUUGAAUGGUUUCAAUCACUUUUAAAAUCAUUAGAAGAUCAACAAUUCGAAGUGGGAUUUUUAAAAUUCCAUAUUUAUCUUACAUCAAAAUUACGUGAAUCCACCAUACAAAAUAUCAUUAUAAAUGACGUAUCAGGAUCAUAUGAUCCAUUGACAGAUUUGGAAUCACGCACUCAUUACGGUAGACCAAAUUUCUCUUACAUAUUUUCACAAUUAAAGAAAGCUAUUGAAACUGGCAGAUAUUUACCUG